AUGGAAACGCUGGAGUCAGAGCUGACCUGUCCAAUCUGUCUGGAGCUUUUUGAGGACCCACUUCUCUUGCCCUGCGCUCACAGUCUUUGUUUCAACUGCGCCCACCGGAUCCUGAUCUCCCACUGCACCCCCAGCGAGCCUAUUCAGUCCAUCAGCGCCUUCCAGUGUCCAACCUGUCGCUAUGUCAUCACCCUCAACCAGAAGGGCCUAGAGGGACUCAAACGCAACGUGACCCUGCAGAACAUCAUCGACCGCUACCAGAAAGCCUCUCUGAGCGGACCUAACUCCCCUAACGAGACCCGCCGGCAGCGAGCCGUCCCUGACAGCAGAGCCAUGACUUCUCCGGCUGACCGGGUGCAGUGCCAGUUCUGCGAGCAGGACCCGCCGCAGGACGCCGUGAAGACCUGCGUUACCUGCGAGGUGUCGUACUGCGAGGAGUGCCUGAAGGCCACCCACCCGAACAAGAAGCCUUUCACUGGCCACCGGCUGAUCGAGCCGCUGCUGGACUCUCAUCUGCGGGGGCUCAUGUGUCUGGAGCACCAGGACGAGAAGGUCAACAUGUACUGCGUGACGGACGAACAGCUGAUCUGUGCACUGUGUAAGCUCGUCGGCCGGCACAGAGACCACCAAGUGGCAGCCCUCAGCGACCGAUACGACAAACUCAAGAAUUUGCAGAAUAAGUUAGGCCAGAGGACAAGUCUUAACUUCUCUCCCUUGUCUGAUCAUGCUGUCAUUGGGCAGAAAUCUCCUGGCCGCUUUCCCUGUGUGGGGCGUGAUCUUUCACACCAGGAGGCAGACCAGCAAGCCUUGGAUUCCAACCACAGUAAUCUAAUCAAAAGGACCAGUGAGUUGGAAAGCUUGAUGGGCAAACUCAUCCAAACCUGCCAACGUGUGGAAGUAAAUGCAUCACGGCAAGAAAACAAGCUGCUGGAGGAGUGUGACCUGCUGAUUAAUAUCAUACAGCAGAGGAGACAAAUCAUAGCAACUAAGAUAAAGGAGGGAAAGGCAGUGAGGCUGAGGAAGCUAGCGCAACAGAUAGCCAGCUGCAAGCAGUGCAUCGAAAGGUCCUCCUCCCUUAUCACUCAGGUUGACCAAACCCUGAAGGAGACCGAUCACGCUCGCUUCCUUCAGACAGCUAAAAGCAUAUGUGAGAGAGUGUCCAUGGCAACGGCAUCGUCUCAAAUCCUUUUACCGGAAAUUAACCUGAAUGACACCUUUGAUACAUUUGCUUUGGACUUCACAAGGGAGAAGAAAAUGCUUGAGAGUUUGGAUUACCUGACAGCACCGAGUCCACCCGUAAUCCGUGAGGAACUAUGCACAGCCUCUUAUGACACCAUCACGGUUCACUGGACAUCAGAUGAUGAAUUCUCUGUCGUAUCGUACGAACUCCAGUACGCCAUCUUCACCAGCCAGUCUAAUGUUGUCAGUUUGUGUAAUUCUGUCGACAGCUGGAUGAUCGUCCCAAAUAUCAAGCAAAAUCACUACACUGUUCACGGACUCCAGUGUGGCACUAAGUACAUUUUCAUAGUGAAAGCCAUAAACCAGGCGGGGAAUCGCAGCAGUGAACCAGGGAGACUCAAAACCAACAGUCAGCCAUUCAAAUUAGACCCAAAGUCUGCCCAUCGGAAGCUGAGGGUGUCUCACGACAACCUGACGGUAGAGAGGGACGAGACCGCGUCCAAGAAGAGCAGCAGCCAGGACCGCUUCUCCAGUAACAGCAGCUACGGUGUCACGGGAAACGUUUACAUCGACAGCGGCCGCCAUUACUGGGAGGCCCUGAUCGGAGGCAGCACAUGGUUUGCUGUGGGGGUUGCUUACAAGUCAGCGCCAAAGCAUGAGUGGGUUGGCAAAAACUCAGCCUCCUGGGUACUGUCUCGCUGCAACAACUCGUGGGUGGUGCGGCACAACAGCAAGGAGAUUCCCAUCGAGCCCUCCCCACACCUGCGACGUCUCGGGGUGCUGCUGGACUAUGACUCCGGAUCGCUGUCUUUCUACGACGCCGUGGGCUCGCAGCACCUGUACACCUUUGACAUCACUUUCGCUCAGCCAGUCUGCCCAGUCUUCAACGUGUGGAACAGAUGUUUGACAAUCCUCAGCGGGCUGCCCAUCCCCGAUCAUUUGGAGGGGACAGACUACAACCACUAA